ACGCUGCGCUCCUCGGCGGCAAGAUGGCGGCGCAACAGCAGGACGGUGCGGGAGGUGCGCAGCAGGCAGGGCCCGCAGCCGAGACCGACCCCUUGGGCCGCUUCACGUGUCCCGUGUGCUUAGAGGUGUACGAGAAGCCGGUGCAGGUGCCCUGCGGACAUGUCUUUUGCUCUGCAUGCCUGCAGGAAUGUCUGAAGCCGAAGAAACCUGUCUGUGGGGUAUGUCGCAGCGCUCUGGCACCUGGCGUCCGAGCUGUGGAGCUCGAGCGGCAGAUUGAAAGCACUGAGACUUCUUGCCAUGGCUGCCAUAAAAAUUUCUUCCUAUCCAAGAUUCGGGCUCAUGUGGCUACUUGUUCCAAAUACCAGAAUUACAUCAUGGAAGGUGUGAAGGCCACCACAAAAGAUGCAUCCCUUCAGCCAAGGAAUGUCCCAAAUCGUUAUACUUUUCCUUGUCCUUACUGUCCUGAGAAGAACUUUGAUCAAGAAGGGCUUGUGGAACACUGCAAGUUAUCCCAUAGCACGGAUACCAAAUCUGUGGUUUGUCCCAUAUGUGCCUCGAUGCCCUGGGGAGACCCCAACUACCGCAGCGCCAACUUCAUAGAGCACAUCCAGCGCCGGCACCAGUUUUCUUACGAUACUUUUGUGGACUAUGAUGUUGAUGAAGAGGACAUGAUGAAUCAGGUGUUGCAGCGCUCCAUCAUCGAUCAGUGAGCCAGUCCUCUGCUGCCCAUCUCAUGUUCCAGAGCUUCCAUUACAUGUCAAGCGUAAAACAUGUGACUCCUACACCUUAAAUGUACAACAGAUCUGGAAGUGAGCAAUGAUGUUAGGACAGGGUCACUUUAGACAGGGAAACAUCCCCAGAUCAGGGCCCUCCUUCCCUUGGGACUCCUCCCCGGCUGUUAACCUUGUUUGUCACAUUGUCCAGUCCUUUAUCAACCUCAGCUACUUCUGGAACGUCUGCCUCUUCUGGAAGAGAACCCAGUUUUUCACCCUCUCCUUGUUUCACCCUCUUCCUCCCAUCCAAUGUUCAUCUCUCAGGUCCUCUAAGUAAGCCAGGACUUUUUCUGGGUCAUGAAUAGCACAAAUGAGACAAUUGUCUCUUCUCCUGUCUUUGAGAUGUGUUGAGUUCUGGCAGUACCGAAUCUGAUGAGCGCCUGAGCUGUUGCAGCAGUUAUUUGAAGCUGGAGUUUCCAUCCUGGAAACAUUUAAAAAGUCCUGUUGGAUUAAUGUUCUGGGGUUAGCAAGGUCUGAUGCUGGAAAUUUUGAUUAAUAAUAUUUUCCUACAACUGCACACCCUUAGAAUUAACUGGUUCAGUCUUAAAUGCCUGCAUGGUGCCUUUUUAGGUUAGGGUGUAACCAUAUAUUUUUAGUGAAAAUAAGUGUUUCUAGGUUAGAAAAGUUUAAACUCCAUUUAUUCAUGAGUGGGGAAGAUCUACUGAGAGAGAUGAGAGGGUCAUAGCUUUUGGUUCUGAUUUUCAAACUAAAGAGGUAUUUCCAAAUAACUGGCUCAGGUUGCCUCUAUUUGGAAGUGUGCUUACGUUCUUGUGCUUGAAGCAUGAAAAGGAGUCCUCAGAUGAGUAAGAAGAAAGGUUUGGGGGCUCUACUGGAUACUGGUUCUUACAUCUUUUAUUUAAAAACUUAGAUUAAAUUGAGCAGUGCUUUUCUAUCACAAGUGGUUUAUGAAGUUGGUUACAACAGAAUCUGAGUGAAAGCCAGAGCUACCUAAAGCUGAGAAGGUCAUAGGAAAUCUAGUGUUGCAGUCUGCUGAACCUUCUGACAAGACACACUGUUUGGAAGCUAUAGUACAUCUCCUGUCAGCAGUUAUUAAUGGAAACUUUCUUUGCUAGCAGCUCAACAAGUUUGAUGUUCCACAUGUUUUUCAAAUAUUAUUAAACACGAGGCAAAGAGCUGUCAGCUGAAUCUGUAGGAGCAGAACCUCUGACCAACCAAAAGGCAUCUGGACUUAGGUUCAUUUUUUUCAUGUCAGACAUUUCUAGUCUGAAUACGAACAUUCAAUGCUUCAUCCGUGACUGAGGUUGCAAGUGACAGGGCAUUGGGCUCUGCUGCGGUGGCCCUCUCCUGAUCUGCCAGUAAAGUGGCAGGUGUCUAGGAACCAUCAAAGACAUAGCCCCUUGGGGGGCGAAAUAAUUUUUCCUAGUGUGUUUUUCUUUGGGAGGGCCCAAAUGUUAGUCAGCUUUUUUAUUUCUGGAAAAGAAAGUCCUCUUAGAUCUCCCUGAAUUGAGAUCAUCUGAGUCUUAAGUUUAAGGGAACUUUGACAAAAUCUUCACUUGAGGGAACUGAUGAGAGCAUGUCUGUCUCACCAGUGGUACCAAGAAACUGAUUCCCUUGUAUUAAGUGCACUUCAUGUAUUUCUAGUAAGAUGACUUUCCAGAAAGUAAACUUUGUUAUGUUCUGGCUUUUAAAAGGUAAAAUAUAAAUAAAUUUCAUAAUUUAUCCAAAUGGCAAGUUGGUAAUGACUGUUUUCAUUAACCACCUUUGGCUAAAAUGUGGGACUGGGGAGCUUCCAGAGGACUGUAGCUCUUUCUGUGGAGAAGUUCUUGUCUGUCCCGGGAGUGCCAGCUGGCCUUGAUACUUCCCCAGCUGGGUCAGCCCCCACUUCUCACGGGUGGGAGCUCUGGUAUGGCAAGAAGUGCCCAUGAUUCAUUUCCAUUCAGAUGGCAUAGUGCUGGGCCCAAGACAUUCUAGUAAAAGGGUCCUGUAAGGGAAGGCUUUUGUGUAGAACUCAACUGCUAGUCAACUUCAUUAUAAUUUCUGGUAAAAGUUCACUCAGACCUCCUGGGCAAGAUUAAAGUUCUGAGUUCUGCCACUGACUAUGGGAGAUCUGUCAUAUAUUUCCACUUUCUGAAACUGUUUCCUUACAAUAAAUUGUGAAUAAUC